AUGGCUCACUUCCGUGGUGGUGAUCGACCGUUUGCCUCGCUGCACAACCUAUUGAAGAUGCUACUCUCACCUCAUCAGUCCAACAAGCCUGUCCAACAGGACAACGAAAUGGCUGAGGACGUGGACGAACCCCCAGAACAUCAUUUUAUCGACACCUCUACCAUGCAUGCCGACGACGGCCUAGUCUACGUCAAAUCCCCCACCGUCGUCACCGACCACAAAGAAUCCCUCCUCACCCGGGCCCUCAAGCACAGUCCGGUUCUCAGUCCGUCGGAGCAGCACCCGUCUCAGGAUCACCCCCUCUGCCGCUCCUACCCUUACAGCAUCAGUGGCAUGUCCACCGCCGAGCUCACCAGUGAUGGCGGUCUGACGAGUCCCUCCCUGUCCAACACCCCAAGCCCUCCACUGCCGGCCCAGUUCACCAACAGAGGUUCUCCGGCACGGAUGGAAAACAACAAGGCUGCCGCUGGUCAAGCGGGUGAGUCUGCAGUGGAAGCCAACCUGGGACGCAAGAGGUGCAUCAGCUUCGCAUGCGGACGGAAAGCGGAGGAACCGAAGCCUCAACAACAACCCCCUACGCCUCAACGACCCGUCGCACAGGGUAGGGAUAGUGAACCCACUCCUUCCGAACCCCUCAAGCGGAAGACGACUCUCACCUUUGUCUGUCCGGCUCGCGAUCCCGACACCCGCCAAGAGCGCUCUCCCCUCCGCGGAGCCGCCUGCCGCGCGCGGCCUCGUGGAUCGCCCGCACCGGUUGCUCGGAAGGCUUCUCCGGAGAAGACCGCCCCGUCCAUCCCGUCGCCCCAGGAUCAGAAGUCUCCCGCUCCGGACCGCAGGGCCGUCAUUCCGAGUGGACUGGGUAAGUUCGAGGAAUCGGAGGCUACCCGGUUCCAUGAGUUUGCUAGCUCCGUUGAGGAGGAUGACGAAUGGGUCGUCAAGUCUUCCGAUUAUAAAGAGAAGAUCACCUUGAGUGAUUGUAUGAAGAAAGAAAAUGCGAUCCGCAAGCUCGGUGAAGAAGCUGAGGCUGAGGAAGCCAUGGAAGAGGAGGAAGCUGAAGAGGACGAGGACGAGGACGAGGAUGACGAAGAUGAGGAUGAGGAGGAUGAGGACGCUGACGACGACUCGACUGUUCACGACUUCUCUGAUGAUGGGAACGAGUCCGACAACGAGGCCGGGUUCGCCGAUUCAGAUGAAAGUGAGGAUGGUUCGGAAUACGAAUUCUGGGCCCCAACGUCGACUACGGCUGCUACGACGCCUCAGACUCUCGAAAUCCCCCGCACCGUUCUCCCGCGUCGCGAUUCCAAUACGUCCUUUGACUCUGCCAAGGAGGACCGUCGUCGAAGAUGGCCGCCUGCGCUCUCCGGAAAGUCCGUGAGCCGGCCGACCAAGGUUCCCAAGAUGCGCCCCAGCACUCCUAACCUGCCAGACAGCACGGAUUUCGUCUGCGGCACGUUUGACGAGGACCGGCCUUUGGAAGCCGCCUAUAAGUCGUGCAUGGAGCAGCGUCGUCUUUCAAAGCAGAUCGUCAUCCCUCAGGAUAUCGACCCUAGCUUCCCUACGUCGGAUCCAGAUGAUGAGGAAGACGACGAUGGACUGGCCGAGUCGAUGGUGGUCGAUGAGGCGCCUCGCGGACGCCCUGGUGCCGACCAGUCACGGAAGCAGUCGCCCCGGACGUCCCCGCGCCGGAUGGUUUCGCCGCCGCCGCCGACUCGUCGCCAUUCUCGUUUGUCUCCCCGUCGCCUUCGUUCUCCGCCACCGCCGGUCAAGUUCAAGUCGCCCUUCAAGAGCGAAGGCGCGGCUACCAAGGACGUGCCUCGCCUCGAUCCCCGCGGCAUGAACAUCAGUGAAUUGGUGCAGCGGCCUCCCAUGACUCGGACCAAGUCGCUUCCCCGGACCCCGAACCCCUUCUUCACCAAGGCGCACCAGUGGACAGGCAUCGUCCCGCUCCGGGAAUCCCCAGAGCGGGAGUCCUCCCGUACGCGCGAGGUGCAUACGCGAGGCCCGAUCGACAUCGUCGAGGGGCUCGAAAAGAAACGCCAGAAACGCAAGGAAAAGUUCUGGCGUCAACACUGUCGCAAAGCUGCUAAGGAGCAGAUGGAGCGACGACCGAUCCCCGGCAAGGGCGCCGAACGGAUGAAGGACCUGGGCCUCGCAGUUGCUGAGAGGUGCCGAGCCUACGGCGUUGGAGAGAACGCGCAGCUCGUCCUAUCUGUUUAA